AUACAUGCAACAAAACUCAAUUCUCACCGGUUAUUUACAUAAGAAGAAUAUUAAAGAGUAGUACUGAGUUGCAAAAUGAAGAUUCUAUACUUCCUUGUUAGCAUCUUGGCUUUGGCAUCCUCUCUUGCCUUUGCUUAUGACCCCAGCCCUCUCCAAGACUUUUGUGUUGCAAUCAAAGACCCCAAAGAUGGUGUAUUUGUGAAUGGGAAAUUCUGUAAAGACCCUGCACUUGUUAAAGCUGAAGAUUUCUUCAAACAUGUUGAAGCUGGGAAUGCCUCUAACGCCUUGGGCUCUCAAGUGACUCCAGUCACCGUAGACCAACUAUUCGGACUUAACACACUUGGUAUAUCUUUGGCUCGCAUUGAUUUUGUGCCUAGGGGUUUAAACCCACCUCACAUUCACCCUAGGGGAACAGAGAUCCUUAUAGUACUCGAAGGCACUCUUUAUGUUGGAUUUGUCACGUCCAAUCAAGACAACAAUCGUCUCUUCACCAAAGUGCUAAACAAGGGUGAUGUGUUUGUGUUCCCAAUUGGUCUUAUUCAUUUUCAACUAAAUGUGGGAUAUGGCAACGCUGUUGCUAUUGCUGGACUUAGCAGUCAAAACCCAGGAGUUAUCACCGUUGCAAAUGCUUUGUUUAAAUCUAAUCCGCUUAUUUCCGACGAAGUUCUUACCAAAGCUUUUCAAGUGGAUAAGAGCAUAAUUGAUUAUCUUCAAAAGCAGUCUUGGUAUGACAACAACUAGUUGAAGAACAUGAUUUAGUAGACGGUUUACUUUAGGUCUUCAAUCACCUUGUGCAACCAACCCUCUCUACUUAUUAUUAUUGUAUUAAAUAAUAAAAUACGUGUUUGUUUGACUACAUAGUUGUAUUGUUAUGAUUUUAAUUUGGUUUAAUAAUGGAUUGUUGUUGUGAUUUCUGUAAAAUGAUAAUUUUCUA